AUGAAUAAGAUUUUCCUUAUCAGUAUGUUAUUACUUGCAUCCCUCUCAAAGAAACAUAAGACUAUAGAUGAAGAUAAUGUAUGUUUAAAUGAGAAAUGUGGAGUUUAAAUUAAUGAAUGUUUUGAAGAUUACGAAUGUUUUGAAGCUAUAUCUGAAUGUGCUCCUUAAGAGAACCCCACAGUUUAGGAAAUAAAGGAAGUAAAUUUAUAUUUUUUAAACUAGGCUGAGUAAUGCGUUAAAAAAAAAAGUGAGGCAGCAGAACAAUUAUUGGAAUGUGCAUAAAAGAAAUGUUCAAAGAAAGAGUUGAAUAAAAAGUAGAUGAAAUUGAUAAAGAAAUUUAUGAAUUUUGUGUGAA